UCUCUCUUUCUCUACCUCUCUUUUCUAGUCACUCUCAGCGACACACCCACCGUUAGGAACGCAGAGUUAUGGACCUCAAACUCGCAAUGAAUGGGCUCUAGAGGGUACGUAUGGAAAUGGGUUCGGGUUCUCUGGCUGAGUCGGGAGGCUCCUCUUCUUCGUCCCCGCCCAUCUCGUCUUCUGAGUCACUCAACGGAUUGAAAUUUGGGCGGAAAAUCUACUUUGAGGAUGUGGGUACCGGGGCUCUGGACAAACCGGGUUGUGGGUCUGGGUCCUCGUCAUCCGUGUCCACCCCGCCGAAGAAGACGAGGGGUGGUGCUGUGGUGCAGGGGGCUCAGCCACCUCGGUGUCAGGUUGAGGGGUGUAAGGUAGAUCUGAGUGAUGCCAAGGCUUACUAUUCCAGGCACAAAGUCUGUGGCAUGCAUUCCAAGUCACCCAAGGUCACCGUUGCUGGCCUUGAGCAGAGGUUUUGUCAACAGUGCAGCAGAUUUCAUCUGCUUCCAGAAUUUGACCAAGGAAAACGAAGUUGUCGUAGGCGUUUAGCCGGUCAUAAUGAACGAAGGAGGAAGCCACCACCAGGAUCAUUAUUGUCCUCACGCUAUGGCCGAUUCUCUUCAUCUAUCUUUGAAAACAGCGGCAGAGGUGGGUUUCUGGUGGACUUUACCACAUACCCAAGGCUUACUGGAAGGGAUGCAUGGCCAAGUACAAGAUCUUCAGAGCAGGUACUUGGAAACCAAACUGCCACUGCGACGGGAAAGUUUCUUCCACAUCCAUGGCAAAGCAACACUGAAAAUCCUCCAUCUGACCUUUAUCUACAAGGUUCAGCUAGUGGGACUGGUUAUCCCGGUCCUGGAAUUCCUCCGGGAGAAUGCUUCACCGGAGUCACUGACUCAAGCUGUGCUCUCUCUCUUCUGUCAAAUGAAACAUGGGGCUCCAGAAACCAAGCAUCAGGUCUUGGGGUGAAGAACUUGAUGAAUGCUGAAAGGGCACCCAUGGUUCAAUCAACAGCACCUCACGGUGCAGUUGUCACUGAAUUUCCAAGCAGCUCAUGGGUUUUGAAGGGCAACGAGGCUGGUAGCAGUUCACAUGACAUGCCCCCCGAUCUGGGUUUGGGUCAAUUUUCUCAGCCUCUUACCAAUCAGUUUUCUGGUGAGCUUGGGCUGUCUCAACAGGGUAGGAGGCAAUACAUGGAACUUGGGCACUCCAGGGCUUAUGACAACUCCCAUCAGCAGAUGCACUGGUCACUUUGAGUGUACCCUUUUGUGCUCUCCUUUUUGUGGACACCUUAAUGUCUUGAAAUAACUACUUCGAAUUUCUGGCAGGUGAUCAUCAGUUUCUUGUUGUGAUAAACCAAAACUAGAUCUUGGUCUGUGCUGUUUAAAAUUGUAGAAAACUGACUAGCAAGGUGUUCCCCUUGCACUACCUAACUGGCAUUUUGCUACUGUUUGUUUAUAAUCAUGUGAUCAUGUUUGUUGUUAA